AUGAUGAUCCCCUACAGUUGCCCAGCACCACUUCGCAUCAGGUGUGUUGCCACCUGCAGGAGCCAAAAGGCUUUGAAAUUUGGGAGGGCCAGGAAUAAAAUACAUGUCAGCACAUAUAAGUUCACCACUUUUUGUGCACUAACCGAUGGAGAGACGGUAUAUCUGUCGGUUAGAAAUGGCAGUGACCCAGAAUUCGAAGAGGGGCAGUCAUACGUGGUUAAGAACUUCACCCUCUCACAAAAAUAUGGGCGGCCAUGCUUGUUUGUCAAUCAAGCAACAAUUACAUUUAAAACGACUCCACUGGCCAUAACGGAGGAGGCCAAGAGAGCAGCAAAAGAGGCCCUCUGUCCACCUUCCCCACUAAAGACUGGUGACGAAGAUGACAUCUUCUCAAAUAGGAGCUACCUUAGUCUCCAGGGGCAGAUAGAAAAAGUAGAAGUGGCCAGGAUGACCAGAGGACAGGUGCCCAUCCUGGAUCUGCGGAUUAAAUGCGGUUCCACAGUACAAGAUAUUUCACUGUGGAGAGAAGAGGCACUAAGUGAGCUGUAUGUUGGGGACAUGGUGGAGCUCACCGACCUAAAGGCCACCAUAACACCAGAUGGAAAGGGCAAAUUUGCCUCUUCCAACCACACAACUGUCAAGAUUAUUGACCAGCAGAUCCAGGAGGAAGAGCUUGCGAUAACUGGGGUGUCAGAAAAAAAUGAAAAGCUCAUCCUUCUCGACAGUAGGCUGGACGACUAUGUUGUCCCAGCCCAUUUCUAUCCCCGAUUUCCCCCUCCCGAUAAUCGGACCAAAAAUCAUGUCGAGCACCUCGAUCGGUCUGAUGUUCGUUGCGGAUUAUCUGUAAACCAACUACCACUGAAACUGAAAGUUCGGCAUAUACAAAGCCAUGUCCUUAACAUAAAAUGCCUGGAUUCACCUAAAAGUGAGGAAUCACUGAAUCUACUUCAGGAUGGGGCAUCCAUAGAUCCCAGUCAGAGUGGGGAAUCACCUGAUCCACUUCAGGCUGCGGCAUCCAUAGAUCUAGAUCAGAGUGGGGAAUCACUAGAUGGAGACAAGGAAUCCCUGGACCCAGCUGAGAGCAUGGAAUCCCUCGAUCCAAUCAACUAA